AUGGAUGUGUUUCUGAUGGUGCGUCGGAAGAAGACGACCAUUUUCACGGAUGCCAAGGAGACGACGACCGUGUUCGAGCUGAAGAAGAUUGUCGAGGGGAUCACCAAGGUGCCUCCAGAGAAUCUGCGACUCCUCAAGGACUCAGUCGUGAUGGACGAUGCAAAGACACUUAGUGAUUAUGGGCUCACUUCAUCUACAGCCAAGGCCCAGAGCCCAGCUACAGUGGGUCUAUGUUACAGGCAGGAGAAUGGGGAUUUUGAGUCUCUUGACAUUGCUCCCCUUUCCCAACCUCCAGAGCUCCCCGACGUCAUGAAACCGCAAGAGAUCCAGGCUCAUGAGCAAAAUGCAUCCUAA